AUUCUACUGCAAACACGCAGAAGGUGGGCACAAUCGUCCACGGCCCGGUUCUUCGAAAAGAAAAUUCGUCCACGGCCCCAAAAGCAAAAGUGCACGGACUUCCGUUUUCCGGCCCAAUCCACGGCGACGCUUUGGAUUGGGUUGGGACAGGUCACCGGAACGACUGAACGAGCGACGACGACGACGACGAGACGGCGAUAAGAUUUUGCCAAAAGCUCUGUAGCUGGGACACCGCACCGCACGGACGGCGGCAAGAGCCAAGAGGAAGAGGCUCCAGCAAGGCGGCGCCACGGCUUCAACAGGCGGCGUCACGACCAACCCAGAGGCUUCUUCACAGCAGCGGCAGCUGAUGCCCGACUCCCCCCAGCUCCAGCACCCGCCGCCUCCCCCACCCGCUCCGCCACCACCGCCGUCGGCCAGAACAACUCCAGCCGAGUCAGCGGCAGCAAAUGCCCAGCCCAACCUGAUUCCGGUGAAGCCGAGGAUGAUCAUCAAGGGCGUGCUCGGGCGGUACGAGCGCUGGAACCCCGUGCACCCGACGGCCGGCACCUUCUGGGGCGUCGGGCUCGGCCUCGGCUGCGGCGUCGGCUGGGGGCCGGGAUUCGGGCCCGAGGUGAUUGGGUACGUCGGCGCCGGGUGCGGCGUGGGAUUCAGCGUCGGCUUCACGCUCGCCGGCGUCGGCAUCGGCCUGCCGCAGCACGGCCUCAUCAGGAACCACGAGGACAGUGGUUUUGCAAGCAAUGUGCCACUUGAUUCAGCAAGGUAUUAUGCUGUAACUAUCAUCAAAGGUUUGGUCUGGGAUGCCAUCAACUAUGCAGCGGCAAUGAGGAAAGAAUCUCGGCAGAAGCUUCUGAGGUUCCAGGACAACCCUCCUGUUUCAGGAGUAGUUAAUCUGCCCAAGCUGGGGAAAGGCGUGUCAAGCAGCAUCAAGUCCUUCAAAGAUGAGCAUUGGCCUUCUUAAAAGACUCAUACAAAAUCAAAGGUUUAUGGAUACCGUGUAAAUCUGAAAGUGCAUUGUUGAAGCAUGAAUUUAGUGUACAUCUGGGGCCUUUCAACAGCUUGAACCUGAGGCCAGCAAUGAGGUAGGCGUUAUCUGAAGGAACCUGUACGCUUUUGCACUAGAUACAUAAGCUGUAGCUGUCUGAAAUAUUCUGAAGACCUGGAGCUGGAGCAUGUGAAUGGGGGGCUAUAGCUAGUAGGUAGUAGUGAUUCAAAUAUAAUGCUGCACCAGACUGACUGACACUGUGAGAUACUUGAAAACCACAAUAACCAUGGUUUGUACUUA